CACAGCGACACGUCAUGCUAGCGGAAGACUAAAAUCAUCUGCGCGUGCGUCGAGCUGUCUUCGUGAUUUUGAGGCUCGAGCAGAUGAAGAUGAGGAUACUCUGUAUAUUUGCUCUGGUUGCUGUGGUGGGUCUGGUGGCAGGAGAAGAGGGGGCUCGUCUUUUGGCCUCCAAGUCCCUGUUGAACCGUUAUGCUGUAGAGGGACGAGAUCUUACCCUGCAGUACAGCAUCUACAAUGUGGGCACCAGUGCUGCCCUGGAGGUUGAGCUGUCCGAUGACUCUUUCCCUCCUGAAGAUUUCGGCAUUGUCUCAGGAAUGCUGAAUGUAAAGUGGGAUCGCAUUGCUCCUGCCAGUAAUGUUUCUCACACAGUGGUUCUGCGGCCACUGAAAGCUGGAUAUUUCAACUUUACCUCUGCCUCUGUUAGCUACCUUGCACAGGAGGGCGGACAGGUUGUGGUUGGUUACACAAGUGCUCCAGGUCAAGGUGGCAUUCUGGCCCAGAGAGAGUUCGACAGACGCUUUUCUCCACAUUACCUGGACUGGGCAGCUUUUGGCGUCAUGACUCUUCCCUCCAUUGGCAUUCCUUUGCUCCUCUGGUACUCCAGUAAGAGAAAAUACGACUCACCAAAGAGCAAAAAGAACUGAGUUUGCCAUUUGCAGGACAAAAAAAAGAUCAGGGGUCAUUGCGUGAAUGGGUAGGUGGGAGAGGGGCGGCCAGCUUGGGUGGGUUGAGAAUAUUGUUUCUGAAUAAAUUAAUUACCCAUAUUGGGGUAAACGCUCAACGAUUUAAUCUGUUUUUAAGUGUUGUUGGUCUUCAUCAGGCGGUUAAUUUGAGGAUCUGGCCUUUUGAAGCUUAAAGUAGGAUCAUUGUCAAGCCGCUUUUGACAUUGAAAGUGGCCAUUCCGAUCAUGUUUCCUUCAUUUUGUAAUGAGUGCAAGAUUCCGAUGCUAAACAGAACUGUACAGCCCUUCAUGAUCAAUGUGAGGCUUGUUUGUGGAAAUAAAGAGGGUUUUACAAA